CAGGGACGUCUAGCGCUUUACGGCAAUGUUGACAUCGUCUUUUGACUGUCGUUCAGCAUGAAGUAGCUAAGUUUACAUCAAAUGUUUGAUUCAAAUGAGCGUUUUUGAUCUAUUUCGUGGAUUUUUUGGGGUACCUGGAGGCCAUUAUCGUGGGGAGGGCCGAAGGUGAGAUGCCUAAAGCCAGCUAGCUUUCAGGCUGGUCUGCAAAAACAAGAACAGCUGUCGGUUACUAGCAAACGUUAGCCACUUGGCUAGCUAACUAGAUAGCAUAAAUGGUCUUGCAUAACCUGCUUCAUAAUCAGUGUCUUGAAGCAAAUUAAACCACCGCCGUAACUAGUAGAGCUGACUAGCUAUAUGUUUAGCUAGCUAUUUAAUGUUAAGUAUUUUAUUUGCUUGUCUUCUAUCACGAUAGAAGUCUUGGAUUUGACAUAACUUGUAACGUGUUAUUUGCUCAAGAGACCAGAAGGUGGGGCUAAAGUGUAGGUUAAAUGGUACUUUCUUGUACAAGCACUGCUGCUUACAUGCACAGUGACGUCUUUAAAGUUUCUGCUGGCUCACUGUUCCUAAUCUUGCUCAGGGACCCCUUCUUCGAAGGCAUGACCCAUGACGACGACGAUGAAGAGGAGGAUGGAAUCUACUUUGAUGAUUCCCAGGGUGGUGGUGGCCAGCAGGACCCGUUUGAUGAUCAGUGGAGGUUUGGGUUCAGCAUGGGCCCAAACGGAGUGAGGAUCCAGGAGCCUGAGGUGUUUGGCCAGGUCUUCAGAGAGAUGGAGGAGAUAUUCUCACAGCUAGGCCGAUUCGAUGGUCAGUUUGGAGCAGGACAGUUUGGUAGGAGCAGUCAGUGAUCCUUGGCCUGGUCUCAGAUCCUUUUUUUUGCAUUGACAAUGAGUGACAAGGAGUUAAUAUGACACAAAACCAAGACAACCCUCAGACAUACCUCUACCAAGUUGAUAUUGACAGGGGAAUGCUGAUUCUGUGUAGUGUGAAUGAAAUUCCCAGGUUAAAAAAUAUAUGUUAUGGAUGAGCCAUGUCGUUGCUACUGGUUUAGUUAUUUAACUAAGAACUAUCUGUGUUCACUAAUGCUUGCCAAUUGCCAUAACCAACUGAGCAUCAUCUCUGUAAUAGACUGGUCUAAUAACACUACGGUAAUUAUUAUUUAAUACUCAACACUAUCAAUCUCUGUGACCUCUCCCUCAUGCCAGGUGUUCCCAGUAUUGAGGCGCCCACUCCCCAGGACAGGCCGGAGAGAGGUGGGGGAGGAUCCAGUGGAAAUUCCUUGAGGGACUUCAUGUUGAAAGGCCCGAAUGACUGCCCACGCGGGCCGACUGGGCUGCCCUCAGGACCAUCAGGAGGCCCCGGGGUCGAUAAGAGCCCUCCAUCUGGUGGCCCAUUUUCCCCCAACACACCCUUUGAUCGCUGGACACCCUUUUCUAAGGUAUAGGAGAGAUCUAUCCCAGUCAUCAUUCUCACAGUAUAGUACAUUCUGAAUAAUAAUUAAUGUGAGCUACACAUGAUCCUGCGGGUGGUUACUUUUUGUGUACAGUUUACUCUCUUCAUUAAUCAUGUCCUUUUUAUUAUCUUUUAUUUUCUCCAGUUCAAUGAUAUUUGGAGAGGAAGGCUACAAAGGGGUCAAGAGCAGGAGCCGAAAGCAGACAGAGGUAUGGGCAUGUUAUUGUCAAACGGCCAAGUUAUUUGAAUUUAGACGCAAGGUCCUGUCACAUGCGCCGAAUACAACAGGUGUAGACGUUACAGUGAAAUGCUUACUUACAAGCCCUUAACCAACAACGCAGUUUUGAGAAAAUAGAGUUAAGAAAAUAUUUACUAAAUAAAAUAAAGUAAAAAAAAUAAUAACACAGUAAAAUAACAAUAAUGAGGCUAUAUACAGGGGGUACCGGUACAGAGUCAAUGUGCGGGGGUAGAGGUUAGUUGAGGUAAUUUGUACAUGUAUGUAGGGGUAAAGUGACUGCAUAGAUAAUAAACAGCGAGUAGCAGCAGUGUAAAAACAAAGGGGGUGGGUGUCAAUGCAGAUAGUCCGGGUGGCCAUUUGAUUAAUUGUUCAGCAUUCUUAUGGCUUGGGGGUAGAAGAUGUUAAGGAGCCUUUUGGACCUAGACUUGGCGCUCCGGUACCGCUUGCCGUGCGGUAGCAGAGAGAACAUUCUAUGACUUGGGUGACUGGAGUCUAUGACACUGCCUAGUAUAUAGGUCCUGGAUGUAAGGAAGCUUGGCCCCAGUGAUAUACUGGGCCGUACGCACUACCCUCUGUAGAGUCUUAUGGUCGGAUGCCGAGCAGUUGCCAUACCAGGUGGUGAUGCAACCGAUCAGGAUGCUCUCGAUGGUGCAGCUGUAUAACUUUUUGAGGAUCUGGGGACCCAUGACAAAUCUUUUCAGUCUCCUGAGGGGAAAAAGGCGUUGUCGUGCCCUCUUCACAACUUUCGUGGGUGUUUGGACCAUGAUAGUUUGUUGGUGAUGUGGACACCAAGGAACUUGAAACUCUCGACCCGCUCCACUACAGUCCCGUCGAUGUGAAUGGGGGCGUGUUCGACCCUCCUUUUCCUGUAGUCCACGAUCAUCUCCUUUGUCUUGCUGAUGUUGAGGGAGAGGUUGUUGUCCUGGCACCACAUUGCCAGGUCUCUGACCUCCUCCCUAUAGGCUGUCUCAUCGUUGUCGGUAAUCAGGCCUACCACCGUUGUGUCGUCAGCAGACUUAAUGAUGGUAUUGGAGUCGUGCUAAGGUCCCGUGUAGCUCAGUUGGUAAUUACGAUUCCCACGGGGGGCCAGUAUGAAAAUGUAUGCACUCACUAACUGUAAGUCACUCUGGAUAAGAGCGUCUGCUUAAUGACUAAAAUGUAAAAAAUGUAAAAUGUGCUUGGCCAUGCAGUCGUGGGUGAACAGGGAUUACAGGAGGGGACAAAGCACGCACCCCUGAGGGGCCCCUGUGUUGAGGAUCAGCGUGGCAGAUGUGUUGUUGCCUACCCUUACCACCUGGGGGCGCAGGAAGUCCAGGAUCCAGUUGCAGAGGGAGGUGUUUAGUCCCAGGGUCCUUAGCUUAGUGAUGAGCUUUGUGGGCACUAUGGUGUUGAAUGCUGAGCUGUAGUCAAUCAACAGCAUUCUCACAUAGGUGUUCCUUUUGUCCAGGUGGGAAAGGGCAGUGUGGAGUGUGAUUGAGAUUGCAUAAUCUGUGGAUCUGUUGGGGUGGUAUGCGAAUUGGAGUGGGUCUAGGGUUUCUGGGAUGAUGGUGUUGUGAGCCAUGCAUGACCAGCCUUUCAAAGCACUUCAUGGCUACCGACUUGAGUGCUAUGGGGCAGUAGUCAUUUAGGCAGGUUACCUUCGCUUUCUUGGGCACAGGGACUAUGGUGGUCUGCUUGAAACAUGUAGGUAUUACAGACUCGGUCAGGGAGAGGUUGAAAAUGUCAGUGAAGUCACUUGCCAGUUGGUCAGCGCAUGCUCUGAGUACAUGUCCUGCUAAUCCAUCUGGCCCCGCGGCCUUGUGAAUGUUGAACUGUUUAAAGGUCUUGCUCACAUCGGCUACGGAGAGCGUGAUCACACAGUCGUCCGGAUCAGCUGGUGCUCUCAUGCAUGCUUCAGCGUUGCUUGCCUCGAAGCGAGCAUAAAAGGCAUUUAGCUGGUCUGGUAGGCUUGUGUCACUGGGUAGCUCGCGGCUGGGUUUCCCUUUGUAGUCCUUAAUAGUUUGCAAGCGCUGCCACAUCCAACGAGCGUCGGAGCCGGUAUAGUGGGAUUCAAUCUUAGUCCUGUGUUGACGCUUUGCCUGUUUGAUGGUUCGUCUGAGGGCAUAGCGGGAUUUCUUAUAAGCGUCCGGAUUAGUGUCCCGCUCCUUGAAAGUGCUUUAGGGUUGGGUUCUGGUAUAACACUCAUCAUAUUAGCAAAUAGCGAACUUUGCAACACUGCAGUUUGAUAAAGACGCUGUAACAAAGGUAGAUGAUGAAAAUAUCAGCCUUCUCUACAGUUACCUGUCUUGUUCUUUGUUGGAUUUCCAUAAUAAUUUCAAUUUCCCAAACACCAUCUCCUCAGAUCUGGACUCGCAAGUCUCCUCUGGAGGGCUGGAUCAGGUUCUAGCGCCACCGGCUUGGUCUCCCACUCAGCCAAAGAAGCGCUCUUUCUUCCAGUCGGUCACUGUCACCAAAGUGGUGAAGCCUGAUGGGGUAAGAGAUACAGUUCACCUCGAGAUGGUAGACAGAAGUUAGUGUACUUCAUUUUGAAUGUUGUAUCUUGGUCUACAAUAAAGUGCUCCCUGUUUUUUCCAAGAUGGUCAACAUGGAGACACUCAAUAUCUGUGUCCCUAUGGGCCCUGGUCAAAAGUAGUGCACUACAAAGGGAAUAGGGUGCCAUUUGGGACGCACAACAUGUUCACUCCGCUUUUCAGAACCAUGCAGAGUUACCAAACCCUUAUAGAGUUUGUAUGACAGUCUUGGAUGUUCUGUUUGUAUGUGUUUUGUUUAGAGUGUUGAGGAGAGGCGCACCGUCCAAGAUUGCCAGGGGAACGAGGAAACCACAGUGACUUAUAUAAGGGGGCGCGAGGGGGUACAGGAUCAAGCCGGACCCCUCUUACCACCAGGUCAGUGUCCUCCAGUAGGGUUUAUGUUUCUAGUCACCAAAAUGAUGCCCCAUUAACUGGAUCAUAUUAUAAUAUAUGCCAUUUAACAGAUGCAGAAAUGGAACCAUGAAAUGGCAGAUCAUAUUCAAUACAGCAAUCCUAUUCAUUUACAUAGACCGAUGAUUUGACACAAUUGUAUGUGAAAAAACCUUGACACUGAGAACCUUGCAUGGUCAAGGUUGGCAGCCAUGUAUUUAUCACUGAGUAUGGGGGAAAACUGUAUCUUGUGAAGAUACGUAAAAUGCCUUAUCAACCUCCAACGGACUUAACAGUAUAUUAAACCAUUUUUUCCCCCAGGUGGCACACACCCCUUUUCGGACAUGCACGAUGAUCUUUCCUUGUUUUCCAAAUUCUUUGGAGGCAGGAGGUGAACCUAUCGAUCGGGAGCACGGAAGAAGAAUAAAUGUCAAAUCAGUUGUAGACAUUAUUUCACUGUAUGGCAUUGUGGUAAAGUCAUGUUUAGGGUUGGUUAUAUAUUCAGUAAGGAUUUAAUGAAGACUGUUGGUUAUAUUGCCUCUCUCUUAAGUGUGGUCAGGCUGGAUCAACUA